UGAUUAUAAUCCCGACGAAGCCAGCCCUUGCUUUGUGCGCGGCUAGCGGCGUGCGCGUGGGUCAAACGCGGAUCAGACGUCCGCAGAAAUAGCGCUUACCUUGCGAAGACCUCGCAGCGGCCGCGCCCGAGCCCCCAGCAGUCGCAGAGGGAACGUUCAGGCCACUGCUGUAACGGGCAGAACGACGCGCGAUGGCCCAACAACAACUAGCAGACAAGCGCGACCAGUUCGUACGAACCCUCUGGGACCGCGCCGACACGCUGCGGCGCGGCGAGUUCGACACCGCCGCGCGCCUCGCGACGAUAAAGGCGUUGGUAAGAAUAGCAGUGCACGAGCAGCCGCUCCGGUCGGCAACGCAGUGCCGCCAAGUCAAGAGCGUCGGCUCGGCCAUCAUCGACGUGCUUGCCACAGCAAAUGGACCAACCACCACCGAGAACGGGAAGUACGCGUCCGCCGCCGUCGCGAUAUUAGCGGCGCUCCUGGAAACGGAGAAGACGACGAUCCCGACGCCGAUGCGCGACGUGCUGGAUGCAGCAUCAAAGCUGCUCGAGAACAACCGCCGCUUCGCACCUUUACAACAAAUCUGCGCGGCGCCGGCUUCGUGUUCCGCGUGGGAGCAGCUGAAGAUCCUCGAGGGCGCCCUGAAGCUUGUCAAGCGACGGCAGCGGUCGCAGUGCGAGGGCGGCUGCGCCUUCGAGCUCACGGACGAAGGCCGGGACGUCGCGCGGCGCCUCGCGAAGGAGCGGUGCGGGAAUAAUGAGGAGAGCCGCGGCGCGCUGCGGGCCUGGGGCGGGACGUCCGCCGACGACGUCGUGGUUUUGGUGGAUGAUCGCGAGGGCGGCGGCGACCGCCACCACCUCCAUUCAAUUGGCCAGCUCCUGAGGGACAACCGGGCGCCCUUCGAGACGCGGACACUUCCGACGGGAUUUGGGGAUUACGUCAUUGCGCGGAGGAGAGCCCGCGUCGACGCAGCGACGGGCUGUGGCCCGCACGUCGCUCCUGUGUUAAUAGAGCGCAAGUCCGCCGUCGACGUCGCGGCGUCGCUGAAGGAUGGAAGGUGGCAGCGGCAGCACGAUGCGAUGAAGAGAGUGGCCCAGCUCGGUGCUUCACGGGCGGAGAUCGUGUACGUCAUCGAAGGCGACCCGUCGAAGCCUGUGUGGAAAUCAACAAUUGCGUCGGGUGCUCGACGACGCGGCCGUCCUGGCUCGGUCGAGCGGCGAGGAACCGGCAUCGCCACGCCAUUGAGCAGGCGUCGCGUCGAUGGCGUGGAGGGUGACGCGAUGAUUCAGCACGAACACGCCAUAAAUUUUGAUUUCCACACAGGUCGAAACACGUCUACCGAGCCUGCGGCUGCGGUUGUCUCGGGAUAGGUGCCUGCGGCAACCCGAACCUGCAAGCGGUCACGGCCGCCAUUUCAGAAAGGGAGCGCGCCGGUGCUAAAAUCGUGCGCACGGCUGAUCCAAGAGACACAGCGCGCUGGCUCGCCGCCGAGCGCCGGCGCCAGCUCCAGAGCCACUUCCGCGAGGCCGACCGGCCGCCGCCACAAACGCCCGAGAAGCGCAAGAAGCAGCCCACGCAAGAGGUCUCGCCGCCGAAGCGCAGUACUUCUGUAUUGACCGCCGCCGCGCGCGCCGCCUGGACCCGGAGAGAUAGGGACGCGCUCGGGCGCCUGAAAGUUACUGAGCUCAAGCAGCUCUGCGAGUCCGUGGGCGAGAUCGCGUCGGGCAACAAGGCUGCUUUAGUUGAUCGCUUGCUCACGCCGGCGAACCCGGCUUUGCUUGUACAAAGGAAGCGCGCCGGUAAAAGAGUACCGCGAGACCGCACGUGCAACUACGCGUUGCUGUGCGCCUUAGAUGCGGCCCAAGAACCUUUGACGAAGGAGCGGUGGAUGGCCGCGGCCGAAGCGACGGGAAUUGCCAACGUCUCUUUGUACGAAAAGUCGGGCCCGAUGGCUUACGACGGCUGGGCGGGCGUCGGCGGCGACCUCACGCAGGGCGACCCGCCUCUGGUCGUGAAAGAGCGCGGUUCCCGCUACAAGCUGUCGACGUGCGGUGGUGAUGAUGCAGGGAAGGCCGUGGCUUCGGCUCUGCACGCGAAGGCGCAUCAGCGGGGCUGGUGCGCCUGCGCGCGGCCGCCUGCCCCUGUUCAACCGGUGCGCUUGGAAGCGCCGGAGCAGGCCAUGUCGCCGCUGCACGCGGCGGCUCGAAGGGCGAGAGUGCGCACGCCGGAGACGCGCCGCGCGCCGCCGCCGCCGCGUUCGGCCUCGCCGCCGCGCCGGCGCUCGACCGCGCCGCCGACGCCUCCCACAACCGCGAGCAAGGCCGCGCGCGCCCGCGGCCGGCGACGGUCACCGGUGCCCGACGACGACUCGGACGACAGCGUCCUGGGCUUCAGCCCGCCACGGCCCGCUCGCCCGCCCGCGACGCCGGCGUCGUCGAUCAUGGAUUUGACGACGCCGCGCGUGCCGCCGUCCUCGGCCAUGGACCUCGCGACGCCCGCGCCGCACUCCGGCGCGCAAACGCCGUACUCGAACGCCAUGAGCCUCUCGUCGGAGGCGUCGGACGUCGUCGAUUUGACGCGGUUGUCGUCGCCGUCGCCGGCGCGCGCGGCGUCGCCGAUCGACCUCAUCUCGCCGGCGGCGAGUCCUGCGCACGAUAGCCCAUCGUAAACCACUCUGUCAGGCUCA